AUGCUGAGGGCCCGGGGCGGCCGACGGAGCAUGGGGGCCCGCGGGAGGGAAGAAUAGACCUUCUUGCGAGUGCGAGCCAACCGGCAGACCCGACUGAAUGCUGGGAUUGGGAAAAUGAAACGGAGGAAGCAAGAUGAAGGGCAGAGGGAAGGCUCCUGCAUGGCUGAGGACGAUGCCGUGGACGUCGAGCAUGAGAACAGCAACCGCUUUGAGGAGUAUGAGUGGUGCGGGCAGAAGCGGGUCCGGGCCACCACUCUCCUGCAAGGUGGUUUCCGAGGCUCUGGCUUCGUCACGUGCAGCGGCGAAGAGAACCCGGACAGUGAUGCUGACUUGGAUGUGGAUGGGGAUGACACUCUGGAGUAUGGGAAACCGCAAUACACGGAGGCCGACGUCAUCCCCUGCACAGGCGAGGAGCCCCGUGAAGCCAAGGAGAGAGAGGCACUCCGGGGCGCAGUCCUAAAUGGUGGCCCUCCCAGCACAAGCAUCACACCUGAGUUCUCUAAAUGGGCCAGUGACGAGAUACCAUCUACCAGCAACGGUGAGAGCAGCAAGCAGGAGGCCAUGCAGAAGACCUGCAAGAACAGUGACAUCAAGAAAAUCACCGACGAUUCAGCUGUGACCACGUUUGAGGCCCUGAAGGCUCGGGUCAGGGCACUUGAGCGGCAGCUAGCCCGUGGGGACCGUUACAAGUGCCUCAUCUGCAUGGACUCAUACUCGAUGCCCCUAACGUCCAUCCAGUGUUGGCAUGUGCACUGUGAGGAGUGCUGGCUGCGGACCCUGGGUGCCAGGAAGCUCUGCCCUCAGUGCAACACCAUCACAGCGCCUGGAGACCUGCGGAGAAUCUACUUGUGAGCUAGCCGCCCCAGGCAGCCCUUGCCUCGAGCGCCCCACCUGCCCCGCCUGUGACGUGACC